GGCGCCCACCGCCUGCCGCUUUCUCGCGACGCCGCUGCCCGGAGGCGCGGGAACUGCGCUUCCCGGCGUCCCCGGCGGCUUCGGGGGCGGGGCGGGGCGGGGCGGGGCUUCCCGGGCGGGCGCCAUGGGCCGGCUGUGCGGCGGGCUGCCGCUGCUGCUCGGGCAGCUCCGGGGGCGCCGCUGUGCCGGGCCGGCCCCGCUGUGGGGCGAGGCGGCGGGGGCCGGCGGCGCCCGGGCCUGCAGCUCCGCCGCCCGGGACGGCGCGGAGGGCCCGGCGCGCCGGCGCUCCUACUGGCGCUACGUGAGGCGGCUGGUGCGGGGGCCGCCCGAGCCGCCGUACUCGCACGUGUGCCAGGUCGGGGACCCCGUGCUGCGGGCCGUGGCGGCCCCGGUGGAGCCGGCGCAGCUGGCGGCGCCCGAGCUGCAACGGUUGUUGCACCGACUACUCACAAGAAAACAGGUCCGCUCUGCGUUGGCCCUGGGCGGCCCGCAAGUUUCGGGGGCCGCUUCAGGUGCUGGCGCUCGAGUUUCUCUAAGCAUAUUCCGCUCAUGCACGACUCACGAGCUCCGCCAGAUGGAGCCCUUCCCGCUGCGCGUGCUGGUGAACCCCAGCCUGCGCGUGCUGGACAGCCGCCUGGUCACCUUUCCCGAGGGCUGCGAGAGCGUGGCCGGCUUCCUGGCCUGCGUGCCGCGCUUCCAGGCCGUGCAGAUCUCAGGGCUGGACCCGAGAGGUGAGCAGGUGGUGUGGCCAGCGAGCGGAUGGACGGCCCGCAUCAUUCAGCACGAGAUGGACCACUUGCAGGGCUGCCUGUUCAUUGACAAGAUGGACAGCAGGUCGUUUACAAACGUCCACUGGAUGGAGGUAAAUGACUGAAGCUUUCCUGCCCGACUCGGGGGCCUGAACACCAACACGGACUGGGAGCUGGACACAGGGUACCUGGCUUCACCUUGGCAUUGGCUGGAAUCCCAGAAGACAGUGGACUGCCAGAGCGAGCCACCCUGAGGUGGAGGAGGUUAGAAACGUUUGCCCAGAAAUCACCUGUGGACAAAAUAGCGCCACAACUUGGGAAGCAACUGCACCCCCACCCCGGGAGUGGGCAUUUCUGAGGAUUUUGUAUGGAGAGAGGGUGACAAGUAAAUAACCCCUCAGACGUGGUUUCGUAAGGGCUGUAUAAUCCGCUCCCAAAGCCAAGAUCUGAUACUAACGUCGUCCCCAAACUCCUGAAAGCUGUUCUGAAAACAUGGAGUUGAUCAUC